ACAAGGCGGGGCGCGGUGCUCCAUGGCAGCAGUGUCAGUGCGGGGGGCACAAGGCGGGGCGCGGUGCUCCAUGGCAGCAGUGUCAGUGCAAGGUGGCACAAGGCAGAUGCUGCAGCGCAAGGUGGCGCACAGAAGGGCACAGUGACCUGUGAAGUGCCAAGGGGCUCACACACUCAUGAGGGGUCUGAUUGACUCCAAGGACAGCAUUGGCAUGGACAGCAACUUCAAGAGGCCCUUGUCUGUGAUCUGGGGCUGUGAGCUGAGCCGCGAGCGGGACUCCUACAGCUUCCAAGCGCCGGAGGCACGGCGAUGCGGGCAGCGGCUCUCCCUGUGCGCAGUCUGCAUGGGGGAGCUGGCGCAGGACGAGUUCCACGUGGUGGAGCUGGUGCUGGCUGAGGACGGGGCCGCAGUGCCCUUGGCCAUGCUGAAGCCGUCGGUGCUGCCCACGGCCGUGCUGCAGGGAAUGGAGCUGAUGCCUCCGGUCACAUUCCACCUGAGUGCCGGCUCCGGACCCGUCUACAUCAGCGGGAAGCACUUCUCCAUGGUGCCCAACCUGUCCAAGGAGGAGGAUGCUGAGGAAGAGGAGCCAGUGGAGGAGUCCCCCAAGGGCCAAGCUGCCAGGAAGGGCAGCACUGCCAAGAAGAGCAGGCUGGAGAAGGAGGAUGAGCUGGGCGAGGAGCCGGCCGGGGCAGGAAACCAGCAGCAAAGAAGUAGCAGGAGCUGUGGCAGAGCCCAACCAGCUGCAGAGGAGCCCAGAAUGCUGCUACUUUGGUGUUGCCCAAUAAAGGCUGUUUCGCGCUGCUGGCUCCGUGCCGAGGAUAGAGGGGUUGUGGGGGCCAUUGGAGCACCCUCCAUCCCAGCCAGGGCCUUCCAGGAGCCCUGUGCCCACUGCCCACCCUGGAACAUCCUUCCCCUGGGGCUGGGGGACCGGCAGCAGCCCCCCUGCCCCUGUCCUGUGCAGGGCUACAAGCGGUGCUUGUGAAUAGGAGACAAAAGGGGAUUACAGAGC